ACAGUGGAAGCACUUGUUCCCACGUAUGUGGACUGCGCCCCGGUGUGUUUGGAUGCAAAGUCAGCCCACAGACUGACAGCUCGCUGCUCGAAAUGUCAAGUCUCUCUGGAAUUAAAGCCUGUUUGAAUAGGAUGGACCUCCGGACAGCCGGAUAAGCAGCACAAGCAAGGACUGCCAGGAGUGUUUCAUUUUGACGCCAAAUUGGGAGACUGACCUGGAUGGUACUUACUUGGAUGCAUCACACGCCCAUGCGACGAUAUCGGUGUAUGUUGCUGCCAUCGUUGUCCAGGUUAGGUUACAGUGAGCUAAGCGUUAAUUGUUUACGUAUUAAAGCUGUUAGCGGCGGAAGACGCAAGUGGGGACUGGAUACAACAUUUUGCGCAAAUAAUUGGCCUAAAUAAACGUUAAAUAGCCUAUUAUUAGAUCAUUAUUUGUAUUGUUAUGAUGGGGCGCUCUAUCUAUUUAUGAAGGUAACAUGGAGCAUUCAUCGCCUUAUUUCAUCUCGUCCACCCGGAUGAGAGAUACUGUAAUUGUGCAAGGCUGCAUGCAAACCAUACUUUCCGCCUUGUUGCCGCCGUGUGAUGGUUUCUAAAGAAGUCGUGGACAUUUAAAUCCUUCGCUAUUAUUGAUUAUUAAUUUAAAACUACCACGCGUGCUCUUGAGGCAGCAGGAUAAUGAUACAUGCUGACAUUGCCUCCCUGUCUCCAGUCCAGAAGAGUUUAUUUUCCCACCGAGGACUGGUCUCCAUCACAAAUGUAGCCCAGCAGAGGCGACUGAAGCAGGCCGCUGCACAUAGACGGAGGCGGGUUUGUUGUGCUCAGGCUGGAUGUUGAACAUGGUCCGUACUGAAUACCUGCCGCCGGCUUGUUUCUGUAAUUCCCUUGCUCUCUUAAAAUGGACGGGGCCUUUUUGAUAAAAUCUAUUCAUGGACGUUGAACGUGCUCAUGGUUGUAGGAAUUAUCCUGGACCGGCUUUUCGGGAUGUAGGGCGAAUAUCCGCUGAUAUUUCACAGUAGGCUCUACACAGAAGAGGAAACAGCCCGUGUUCAUGGAGACGGCCUGGCGGGGGAGGUGCAUGUACACUCUGCUGGAUGAGAAAUAAUGAAGACCCCUGCUCAGAGGAUUUCACUCAGCUCAAACACAGACUGCUGUUUUUAUUGGCAGCCUAAAUACUCCAUAUUUAAUACUGAUAUUACUCAGCUGUUGUUCUAAUAUCAUCCCUGAGUGUCUCUAGCACUCAGUCAAGUAGCUAUACCAUUGGCUGAUAUUGACUUCAUGAGGUUAUGAGGCAACAUUUCAAAAGUACAAACCAUGAGUCCAGCUUUUGUUGAGUCUAGAUACAAUCUACUUAGUUGUAACAGCAAUUUAAGACAUAGUUAUUAACUAUGUUACUGUUUUAUUAGUUGUAGGCACAUAUUGAGGGAUCAGGAUUGAUGAGGACCUGAUCUUAACUGAUGACCUGCUGUUUCUUAGAUAAAUACAUAAUCAAGGCUGCUUUGAAAGUCUGCAGAAGCUUUCCAAGAGGCACAAUAGUGGAAACAAUCAAUUACGUUUCUGAGGGGGUUACAUUCAUGGAUCUGCUGAGUGUCAAUAUUUGACUUGAUGGACAUUGUCCCUGUAUGAACUUGCCUUUGGGAAUACAUGCUACUUACACACCGCGUAGCAACAGCACAGCAGCAACGGGUGAGAGGAUUUGGCACAGUUUCCACAGCGGGAUGUGGUGAUGGGGGAGAGCAGUUGCAGCACCCUGAUCCUUUGAUCCCUGAUCCCCCCCACUGGUGGUCUAGGACUCCCCGUCUCUGUCAAUGGGCCCUGUAUGGAUUUUGUCCCUGAGUUGACAGAGGGCAGGCCUACAGCGUCAAACAACAGUCUGGCUGCCAUGCAUCCAUACGGCAGAGCGAGCAGCACAGCAGCCCCCCGGUCCUGCACCAGCUGUGGGGGCUCCUGCUCCCCACCUCCCCCCUGCCUAAUCCCUCCUGACCCCCCCUCAUCUACUACCUCCUCCUCCUGCUUGCCCCCGAAUAUGACUCCUCCGCCACCAAUGUGUCCGGCCCCGAUGGUGCAGGUGGAGAAUGGCAGCAGCUGGAAUUCCUCCACCUUCUCGUCCUCCCCAGACUCCCACCCUGGGCACCACUGUGCUGCAAACAACCCCUACUGGACUGCAGUCUUCGACUACGAGGCCACAGCAGACGAGGAACUAACCCUGCGGCGGGGAGACCUCCUCGAGGUUCUUUCCAAAGACUCCAAAGUGUCUGGGGAUGAGGGUUGGUGGACAGGCAAGAUCCAGGACAAGGUGGGUAUCUUUCCAUGCAACUAUGUCACAAGGGGGGGCGCUGCCAACUACCAGCAGCUGACUGCAGGCGGGGUGGGCGACUGCCCCCUGGAGAUAGACUUCUCAGAACUGUCCCUGGAGGAGGUGAUUGGAGCAGGUGGGUUUGGGAAGGUGUAUAAAGGAUUAUGGCUUCUAGAAGAAGUAGCAGUGAAGGCCGCAAGGCAAGACCCAGACGAGGAUAUAAGUGUGACAGCAGAGAGUGUGCGGCAGGAGGCCAGGCUGUUCUGGAUGCUCCGGCACCCCAACAUAAUCUCCCUCCGUGGGGUAUGCCUGCGAGAGCCCAACCUGUGCUUGGUGAUGGAGUACGCCAGAGGAGGGGCUCUGAACCGAGCACUUGCUGGGAAAAAGAUUCCCCCGAGGGUCCUGGUGAACUGGGCGGUCCAGAUUGCAACAGGGAUGGACUACCUGCACAACCAGGCAUUCGUACCAAUCAUCCACAGAGACCUCAAGUCCAGCAACAUCCUCAUCCAGGAGCCUGCGGAGCGAGAAGACUUGGGGGGGAGGACCCUGAAGAUCACGGACUUCGGGCUGGCCAGAGAGUGGCACCAGACCACCAAGAUGAGCGCGGCGGGGACGUACGCCUGGAUGGCCCCCGAGGUCAUCAAACUCUCGCUCUUCUCCAAGAGCAGCGACGUGUGGAGUUUCGGGGUGUUACUGUGGGAGCUGCUGACCGGCGAGGUUCCCUACAGAGAGAUAGACGCGCUGGCGGUCGCUUACGGUGUCGCCAUGAACAAACUAACACUUCCUGUCCCGUCAACGUGCCCUGAACCUUUCGCUCAGCUGCUGGCAGAGUGCUGGAGCCCGAACCCCCGCAGCCGGCCCUCCUUCAGCAGCAUCCUGCAGCGCCUGCUGGCCAUCGAGCAGUCGGCCAUGUUUCAGAUGCCUCUGGAGUCCUUCCACUCCUUACAGGAGGACUGGAGGCUGGAGAUCCAGCAGAUGUUUGACGAGCUGAGGGCCAAAGAGAAGGAGCUGAGGUCGUGGGAGGAGUCGUUGGCUCGUGCAGCCGAGGAGCAGAAGGAGCAGGAGGAGCAGCUGAAGAGGAGAGAGCAGGAGCUGGCGGAGAGAGAGAUCGACAUCGUGGAGCGAGAGCUGAACAUCAUCAUCCACCAGAUGUACCAGGAGAAACCCAGCGUGAAGAAAAGGAAAGGGAACUUCAAGAAGAGCCGACUGAAGCUGGGCCGCGACAGCAACAGCAUCAGCCUGCCCUCUGGCUUUGAGCAUAAGAUCACAGUUCAGGCGUCCCCCAGUGUGGACAAGAGGAAGACUCAGAGGAGCGAGAGCACCACCCCCCCCGCCAGCCCGGGGGUCAUUCCCCGACUGAGAGCCAUAAGACUGACACCGAGUGACGGCAGUAAGACGUGGGGCCGCAGCGCAGUGUGUAAGAAGGAGGAUCUGUCCACCAGCAAGAAGAAAGGACGCACCUGGGGGCCGAGCUCCACCCUCCAGAAAGAGAGGGUGGGCGGGGAGGAGAAACUGAAGUCACUCGGAGAGGGAAGCAAAGUUUGGUCGUCCAGUGCACCAAAUCUGGGAAAAUCCCCCAAACAUGCACCAAUGAGCGCCGGCUUCUCCAGCCUCAAUGAGAUGGAGGAGUGCUGUGAGUUGGAGGAGUCCCCGGGGUCCCUGCUGCCCCCAGAGAGCAGCAGUAACGGGGCAGUGGAGGACUCGGGCCCUCUGUGGGGCGGCCUGGGACCCAACACGGGCUCCUGUCAGGGGCACGGGGGCCUGGGGCCGGGGGUGAGCUACCAGGACUCUAUGCGGCGCUACAGCCAGAGGAAGAAGAGCGACAUGUUACUGCUGGGCUGUGCCUCUCUGCUCGCGUCUGUCGGACUGGGGCAAGACCUGCUGCAGCACGGGAAACUACAGGUGCUCCAGGACGAGCAGGACCAGCGAGAAGAGCAGCGUAAGAAGAAAGAGGGUCUCUUCCAGCGGACGGGACGUUUCCGCCGCAGCACCUCCCCUCCCAGCAGAAACCUCUCCCUCUCCCUCUCCAGACAUCACGACUCUGCUCUCCCCUGCAUGGACCCGUCUCCCUCUGUCACUCUCCUCUCGUUGUCCUCUCUCUCUGACUGCAACUCCACCAAGUCCCUCCUCCCCUCCGACCCGGACGAGUACCCCCUCACCCCGAUGACGGGGGGCAAAACCGCAGUGGCUCCCCCAGCUCCGGCCCUCAACCCGCUGUUGGAUCUGCGGGCGGAGAGCUUCAAGAAGGAGCCCAACCAGUCGCUCACGCCCACCCACGUGUCUGUGGCCUUCAGCAGAGGACACCGACGGACCCCUUCAGACGGGGCGAUAAGACCCCGAGCCCAAACUAUGGGACACCACAGGACGCCGUCUGAUGGGAGCAUGCCGAUGCCCCCUCCACCGGGGGCGCCACACCGCACUACUUACAAAGGUACUCUAGAAAUCCUCGACAUCCCCCGCCUCCCUGAGCCCUCCAUCAUCUUCCCGGUCCCCCAGCGGCGUAAGGCCCCCGCUCCUCCCAUCCCUGACCCGGCUCCCCUCUCCCUCAUCAGCCCCCUGGAGAGACCCAAGACGCUGGAAUUCGCCCCCCGUCCGCGGCCCACCCCCACCAGGAGGCCCGACCCCUGGAAGCUGAACUCUCUGUCCCGGACCCUCAGCCCGUCGCCCAGCAGCAGCUGCGACAGCCCCCUGGGCUCGGGGGACAGCGGCCCCAGCACAACGCGGCCCACCCUGAUGGACCUGGACGCGGAGGGCCAGAGCACAGACCCCACCGUCCCCCUGUGUGGGAAGAGGCAGGCGGCCGCUCUGUGUGGACAGACGUACUUGUUGUGAAGGAAGAAGUCCCCUUUCCUGCAUUUGGACCUGAUCCGGGACAUUACUGAGCCAAGCAAAGUGCACUCAGAGGCUUUUGCUAAGAAAAAACAACACUCGUCAUGUUUUAGGCACUUACUGAAAGCCACUCCUCUCAUGUGUCCUUUGAGUAUCCUAAUAAGGUGUGAAACCCAUAUAGCAAGCCUUUUCCCUGAUAGAGGUCUCCAGCCUGCACGACUAUGAGGGUCCUGGAGGCCUUUUAAAAGCCUUGUAGUAUGCUCACCCAACCUUACCCAGCAUUUUCUCUCCCCCCUCUUUGAAAGCCAUCUCUCCCUGGUUCUUAGUGCGACAUGACCAGGACAAACUCACAACCUUCAAAAGCCAUUCAAGUUCCUAAAACGUUUUCAGAAUUUGCUAACUGUUCAUCCCGACUCAUCUGCCCGUGCCGUUUCUGUGACGCUGCCCAUUUUCUGCUCACAUCUUUCACUCCAAAGAGAUAAAUCUUCUUAAACAUUCCCCUAAACAUCAUUUCAUUGUCAACACCUGGAGUAGGACUGUUAAAAAUGUACAAUAGAGAGUGUCUUUGUUCUUAUUUUGCACGUUGUUGGUUCUUUUGCUGCACAAACAUCCCCCCUGCCUUCCUCUUCACUCCUCAUCUCUCUGCAUGGGGGUCUUCGUCCUCUCCCCUCCAACACCAGGACAGGAAAAAGCCUUUUAUCUCUCAGCACUGAUGGACUGGUUUAAUCCUCAGCCUUGUACAGUACGAAACAAAGAGUUUAUUUUCUCAGUGCUUACACCAUCCCAUCUGAAUCCUGUUAGCAAAAAUGUUUUUUCUAUGGGUUUGGCAGACCAGGUAUGUAUCUCUCUGUGUGAAUGUGUAUAUAUUACUGUACAUGUGUGGAAGAACAAAAUGGGUUCAUUUUUGUAUGUGCUGGUGCUUUUUCAGUGCAUGUUGUUUUACGUGUGAAUGGUUCUCUGUAAUGGGGCACUAUCUUCGAAAUAAGAGCUCAUCUGUUUUGUCUUCUACACGUUUUACAUUCCUCAUUAGCAGUCAGUAGCACUAAGUAUGGAUUCCGCUCAUGCCACUGAAAUAGACACGAAAAAAGGAAACUGAGGGGAAAUGCUUUUAAAGUCGACCUCAUGAUGGACCAUUCGAAAGCUUCAUGUUCACGUCUGACUUGUUUUCAACAUGUGUGGCCCUUUAGGAGCCAUGUUGUGCAGCCUCUCGUGGACUCUACUUACGGCUAACAAAUCAGCUUUAAUCAGCUGAGUUGUUUUCGCACAGAGGUCGAAAAGUUUGUCUGGGCUGCAGGUAGUAUUUUACUUGACAGUGCACAUUUCUCUAAGUGAGUGUGGGUGUGAUUGUGUGUGUAUGUAUUAUUAUUUGUACGGGAUGAUGACAAUCCCGUUGGAAGUAGAGUGAGCGCAAACUCAUUCUCCUUGUGUGGUUAAGAACACUGAGUAUUUAUUAAAUUUAUUGUUAUUAUUGGAAAAAUUAAUUGUUAUGACUAUGCUCUUCCUGGGAUAUCUGUAUAUAUUUGUUAAAUAUAACAGGAAAAAACCAAGGAAAAAACCUAGGACACUGCUUACUGUUGUGUCCAGUCUCAACCUGUGACUUCUGGGUUCAAUGAAGAAUAAGUGUGAAACGUGACGAAUGAGAGACAAAUAAAAAUCAAAGAAAGAUG